UUAGGUGCAUACACACAUUGCUAAAGGCUGAAUCUGAUGUCAAUUUUACACGGAGCGAUGGGACUACGUGUGUGAUGCUUGCUGUGGUGAAGAACAAUCUGCAAGCCGCACAAGCUCUGAUCAACAAUGGUGCAGACGUUAACAUGAGCUGCAAGAAUGGGAUUACCCCACUUAUGGUUGCUUCUGAGAAAGGGCUAGAAAAAAUGUCGUGGUUGCUACUUACAGAAGGCGCCGCUAAAGUAAAAUUAGUGGAUAAAGAUAAGAGAACUAGUUUAAUGUACGCGUCAAAAGCCGGUAGUUUGGUGUGUGUACAGCAGCUUCUAAAAGCUGGAGCUUCACUAGAUGUAACUGACAGACACAAAACGACAGCCCUGAUGUUUGCUGUGUAUGGAGGACAUGUGGACGUUGUGAUUGAGUUUGUUAAGCAGAAAGUUGACUUGGAUGCAAGGGAUGAAGACGGCGCUACUGCUUUAAUUAUAGCAGCCAAACAGGGUCAUGCACGAUGUGUUGAGGUACUUGUCAACAAUGGCUGUGAUAUCAAUGCCUGUGACACCUCAAACCACACAUCUCUGAUGUAUACCGCAAUGUAUGGUAAAUUGGAGUGUUUAAACAGCCUUAUACAAUCUAAGGCUGAUAAAGAUGGGACAAAUGAUUUAAACGAGACAGCUUUGAUGCUGGCCAUACGUCACCAUAAUGUCGAUUGUGCUCUCAGUCUUAUAAAAUCUGGAGCCGAUGUAAACUUGCCAGAUAAAAAUGGUACAACUCUUUUAAUUGAGGCUGCCGCUAGUAAUGACUUUAAAAUUGUCAAGGCUUUAGUUGAAGCAAGGGCUGAUGUUAAUGUCCGUGAUGUGUUUGGCCACACUGCUUUAAUGGAGGCUGCCGUGUACGGCUGUAGUCCGUGUGUGGAGAUACUAGCACCUCGCUCUGAGGUUGAUGCCAGGAACAAUCAGGGCAUGACGGCAGCGAUGCUGACAGCGAGUUUCAACCAUGCAGAUUGUCUGCAGUGUUUGAUUGGCCAUAAGGCUGACGUGGGCGCCGCUGAUGGGAGUGGCGUCACGAGUUUGAUAGUGACCGCUGGUAAAGGACAUCUGGCGUGUUUGAAGAUUUUAAUCAAGGCCGGGGCUAAGCUUGACCAACAGGACAAUGACGGCGUUACUGCUUUAAUGGCGGCGGCUAUGAAUGGACAUAAUAAAACUAUAGAGACCCUGCUUAAAGCUGGGGCUUCGAAGUCUGUAAGAAAUCAUUAUUCAGAAACUGCUCUUAUGUAUGCAACAGCUUAUGAUAAAAAGGCUUGUAUAGAUCUUCUUAAAAUAACUACUGACACAACUAAAGUAGCUGCUGCAACAAAUUCGAUGUUGAUUUCUCAUGCAAAGGCUGGGGAUGACAAGGCGUUAAGAGAAUGUUUAAAAUCUGCAUGUGAUGUUGACCUCUGUAACGAAGAUGGGGAAACUGCAUUGAUGUACGCUGCAUCAUCUGGGUCGACUAGAUGCUUGGAGAUGUUGUUAAAGAGAGGUGCGAAGGUUAACUACAGGAACAAAGACGGUCAAACAGCUUUGUUCGUGGCAAACAUCAGUCAACACGUUGAGUGUGUGGAGUUGUUGAUAGAAUAUGGAGCUGAUGUUAAUAUCCAAGAUGUGUAUGGAGUGACUUCUUUAAUUGACGCAGCAAGUAUGGGUAAUUUGAAUUGCCUGAAGGUGUUGAUGAAGAAAGACAACGACAUCAACAGACAGGAUAGUGAAGGGUUGACGGCUUUAAUGAGGGCGGCUAUGGCUGGGCAUACUCUGUGUGUUGAGGAACUACUGAACGGCGGGGCUGAUGCAAGUAUUUGCAGUGAUGGUAUUAAUGCAUUGUUGUUGGCGGAGAACUUUCAGCACUUCAACUGUGUUAACAUUUUAGAGAAGUGCACUAAAAUGGUAACUGAUGUCUAAUAAUGUUUUCAAGUAAGGAAUAAAGCUAAACUUGAUAAUCCUCGGGUCAGGAAAAAUGAUUCUGUAUUUCUUUUAUGCCAUCGGUUUUCAUAUUUUAAAUAUAUAUUUUCUAAAGCGUCAAUAUUUGCAUAUUGACUUUAUUUAAAAGUGUAAUAUAUUUUUAAAAGUUUUGUGUUUAUGAUGCUUAAUGAAUAAGCAGACAAGUAACGAUCCUUUACAGAUAAACUUUUCACAAAAAUGCAUUCAAAGUUGUUGAAUCUUUUUUACACUCUUACAAUUUGUUUAGUUUUGAGAAUUUCAAAAUCACAUCAACCAUUAUAAGAAAUAUAUCCACAAAUUGCGUUUUUAGUAAAUAGCUUUACACGGGGUGCACCACAAUUCAUUUUUAUCUCGAAGAAAAUAUUACUUUUUCUUAAAACUAAUACAUACAACGUUUUUGCAGUGAUACUUAUUGAUACCCAGAUACUGAUAUAAUUUUGAAGUCUUCAAAUAUUUGUAUUUGUUUAGGUUGGCUAUCUACUAUUGUCUAUCUAACACAACCUAUUUAAACAACCCUAAAAUAUACUUCUCUGCAAGAUCAAAAAACAAAAAACAUUUAUGUUAUAUAUGUAACUAAAUAAAAUCAUUCAAAACUUUAUAGCUAUAUUAUAAAAUAUCUUCUCCAGAUUAUUAUGACUUUCUACCUUAG